AGAAAACAACGCGCGACAGCACACACACAGUCCACCUGCGUAGCCCAAACAUCCCACACAUCCCACCACCACCCAUAAAUCACAUUACAUCCAUACAUCCACACACACACACAUUUGCACCGAUCCGAGUUAAAAUGGCCACUUCCGGUUCGAUCCUGCUCGCCAUCUUCCUGCUCAGCGCCACCCUCAUUUCCGCCCAGCAGAUCAAAGAGUCGGCGCCCAGUGCGCGAUUACUAGAUCGAUUCGAUAACCGAUACCCCGACGGCAGCUACGAGUAUCGAUUCGAGUUGGACGAUGGAACAGCUCGCUAUGAACGCGGAUAUUUCGUUAAGAUCAACGACGUGAAGACCCUGAUGGUCGUGGGCUACUAUGCCUAUCGAAUGACCGACGGGCGUUACAUCACCGUGUUCUACAAUGCCGAUCAGUUUGGCUAUCGACAGAAUCAGUCGAUCACGCCGCAGGAAUAUCCCAAUCUGCCGCGCUCCAUCGAGGUGCCCAUGGUCAGCGAGGCAUCUGCGGCAUCUGCGGCAUCCGCGGCAUCCGAUGGCGUCUCCAGUUCCCAGUCCCAAUCCCAGUACCAAUCCCGUCUGGAUGUCCAUGGCAACCCCUCCAUCACGACGACCACGCCCCGGGGGGCGGGGACAAAUCUUAGGGGCCGCUACUGAGAGUUCGUAAUUGCACACCAUGCCCAUUAUUAUUAUUGGCUCCCUACAUCGUUUUUUAUACCUUGUCUUUUUUUUUUUUAAUUUUGUGCCCCCGACUACUCGUAUUAUAUUAUUAUGAAUUUAAUUUCUGUCCACAUUUUUGUUGUGUUCAAUGAAAUGGGAUUAAAAAAUAAUAAAAAUUUAUUAAGGCAAA